AUGAAUGUGAAAUUUUUCAGUUUGGAUAUAAUACAAGAUAAAACAGUGAAGAAAGCGUUGAAACCAAGCGCCAUGUUGAAUAAUGUUCUACUCACGCUCACCAUUUACGGAUACUGCGUGCUCGUUGGUAUCAUUGGGCUAGCGCCAAUGGUUUAUGGAUUGAUAACAUCCAAGCAAGUUCUCUCAUUUGGUUUCGAGGCAAUUCAUUCCGAUGCAUGGUCAGCGUACGCGGUGAACAGUUUAUUCCAAGCCAAUUGUGCUUACUAUGUGGCAUUCCUUACAAUUGUUACCGAUGGGACAUUUAUUUUAUAUCUUCUCACUGCCACUGGACAAAUCGAUGCUAUCAUAGGACUUCUGAAACAGUUGGAUGCUAUGAUGAUGCUAGAGCUUGAAGGACAAAUAAUCGACAAUCAAUUGCAGAAAAUAAUCAAGUUUCAUCAACACCAUCAACUCUUCAUGAGACAAGUGGAAAAUGAACUAAAUUUAUACUUUUUGAUCUCAAUAGCUUCACUUUGUUUCAACAUGUCAAUCUCGUUGGCUGCUUUCGUAUUGAUUGAUUGGUACCUCGGCAUAGUGGUUUUCUGCUUUGCCUCAUCCCAGAUAUUUUACAUGUGUUUUCUUGGAUCUUAUUAUGAAACGAAGAGUGAUAUUCUUAUAACAGAAAUUGGCUCGUUCGAUUGGUAUAAGUUGUCGUUGAAGAAUAAAAAAUCAGUCAAAUUCCUGCUAGCUGCAACCCAAGCCCCCAUCAUCUUGACUGCCAUUUUGGAAAAUCUGAAUGUGGCUGCAUAUUUGAAGAUACAUAAAACUGUUUAUUCCGCAUUGAUGCUGUUGCUACGCGUCAAAGAUUAA